AUGCCUAAGCUAAUUCUUGUCCGUCACGGUCAAUCCGAGUGGAAUGAAAAAAACCUGUUCACCGGCUGGGUGGAUGUCCAAUUGUCUGCCGUUGGCAGAAAGGAGGCUGCUCGCGCCGGUGAGCUGCUGAAGGAGUCUGGAUUGAAGCCGGAGGUUCUGUACACCUCGAAGCUUACCAGAGCUAUUCAGACUGCCAACAUCGCUUUGGAGGCCGCUGACAGACUCUACAUCCCAGUCCACCGUUCAUGGAGAUUGAACGAGAGACAUUACGGUGAUCUCCAGGGUAAAGACAAGGCCGCUACCUUGGCCGCUUACGGUCCAGAGCUUUUCCAGACCUACAGACGUUCUUAUGAUGUUCCUCCACCACCAAUUGCUAACGAUUCCGAGUUUUCGCAAUUUGGUGACGAAAGAUACGCCGACGUUGAGCCAGCUGUUUUGCCAAAGACCGAGAGUUUGAAGCUGGUCAUUGACCGUCUUCUGCCAUACUGGCAAGACACCAUUGCGGCCGAUCUUCUUGCCGGAAAGACUGUGUUGAUUGCUGCCCAUGGUAACUCCCUGAGAGGAUUGGUCAAGUACCUUGAGGGUAUUUCAGAUGCCGACAUCGCUGGACUCAACAUCCCAACCGGUAUUCCAUUGGUUUACGAGCUUGACGAGCACUUGAAGCCAACCAAGCCAUCUUACUAUUUGGACCCAGAAGCUGCUGCUGCCGGUGCUGCUGCCGUUGCUGCUCAAGGCCAGAAGAAGUAA